ACGCACGGGGGCCCCGCCCUGCCCAGCUGGUGCGCGGACCGGCGGCACCGCACGCGUCCUCCGUAAGGGGCCGGGGCCCGGGCGGGUGGAAGUGCCCGGGGCGGAAGAGAGCUCGAGGCGGGAAUCAGCGAGAGAGGAGAGGAAGCCGAUCUGGGCGAGAGGGCGGCAGUCAGCCUUCCACUAGGGAAGCGCUGGGAGCGUUCCCACCCCACUGCACAGCGCACACGCCGCGAGCCAACUCCCGCCGAAGGUCUCGGUUCUGCCGCAGCGCCCCGCGCGGACUCGGCCGGAGCGGCGCCCCCGCCCGCAGCAAGCUCUGUCCGCGCGCCGAUUGGCUGCGCGGGGCGCCGGGAGCGGCCCGCUUCCUGUAAUUAAAGGAGCCGCCUCCCGCGGGGGCUGUGUUCUCUCCGCGUCUGAGAGAUGGCGUUCGUUAUCUUUGCCCUUCAGCUGGUCCUCUACAUCCUGUUACUUCCCAUGUACCUGCUGAAUUUUCUGGGCGUAUGGAACUGGAUUUGCAAAAAAUGGUUUCCCGCCUUCUUGUCGAGGUUCACUGUGACAUACAACCGACAAAUGGCAAGCAAGAAGCGGGAGCUCUUCAGCAACCUGCAGGAGUUCGCAGGCCCCGCAGGGAAGCUCUCCCUGCUGGAGCUGGGCUGCGGCACUGGGGCCAACUUCAAGUUCUACCCGUCUGAGUGCAGGGUGACGUGCAUUGACCCCAACCCCAACUUCGAGAAGUACUUGAUCAAGAGCAUCGCGGAGAAUCGGCACCUACAGUUUGAGCGCUUUGUGGUGGGCGUGGGUGAGAACAUGCACCAGGUGGCCGACGGCUCAAUGGAUGUGGUGGUCUGCACCCUGGUGCUGUGCUCGGUGAAGAGCCAGGAGCAGAUCCUCCGCGAGGUGUGCAGGGUGCUGAGGCCGUUAUGGAAACCAUAAAAACCAUCACAAGUGCUUUUGCAAAGAAGUGACAGGCUGUUCAUUCGGAGGAUUUAAUAGGAUCUUCACCAGUAGUUUGCAUGUAGUUUAACAAACAUAUUUUCUGAGAUUAUUUUGAGAAAGUACUAUUUUAAAUGUCAAGUCAACAAUACAUUCACAUUCAUUUUAGGAAUGGAAAUAAAUGAAAUAGUUGAUAUCUUUU